GUGAAUUCACGUGACAGCGACUUCCGCUAACAACAUUUUAAUAUGGCAUUUCUUGGCGAGGAGCAGUUCAGUGCCUUGCAACUGCUAUUAAAGGCUCCGUCUAAAGAUGCAGUGCGGCAGAUAUGCACAGAGAGUUACCCAGCUGCAGCGCUUAAGUCUCAGUCUUUAGUAGAAAACAAUGCAAAAUUGCUGUCCGUGACCAAUGAUGAAGCUGUUCAGGUUCUGACAGCUUUUCACAAUCUUUCCCAUCAUGUUGUGUACCAUGACCUAAACUCUCCUGAUCAAAUCCUGCCUGUUUUCCCAGAAUCAUUCCACUCAAAUCUAAAGAAUCUGAUAGCCAAAAUUAUCCUGGAGAACAGUGUCACUUGGAGAAAUGAAGCCUUAUCCAGUCAAAUUUCAUUGCCAAAGCUGGUGGAUAUACAGUGGCGAGUGGAUAUGAAGACAGCAUCAGACUCUUUAAGUCGUAUGGCUGUGCCAACCUGUCUGCUACAAAUGAAACUUGAAGACACUCCAUGCAUCGUUGGUAGUCCAAAUGAGUCCACAGUUACAGUGGAGCUGAGUAAAGAGACAUUGGACACUAUGAUAGAUGGCUUGGGACGCAUUAGGGACCAGCUGACUGCGGUGGCAAGGAAGUAGGGCAGGAGAGAAGAUCUUGCACACAUUUGUUUAUGGAAUGUUAAAAGUAAAUGAAGAAUGCAGAAGAUGCAAAAGAUAAAGAACUGUAAAUCAUUAUCUAGUUCAGCUUGCAAUAUGUUUGCUCAUGUUGUUUCAUGUACAGAAACUUGUCAUAUAAAAAUGCUUUUUACAAAUGAUAUUUUUUGUUGUAUAAAUACUUUUUAGGGCCAUGAGAAUUGGGAUUAGAAAAUUUUAUUUUCUUUAAUGUCUUAAUUGAACACAUAAUCCCAUUAAACAUUCAGUGGAGAGAGUGAAACGUUUACACUCUCCUUUUUUUUGUAAGUUAUGUUUGAGCCCAUCAUUUAUCCACAGUGUGUAACAGACAGACUGAAUCUCAACAUCGUACAGUCGCUUUUGGGAGAAUGUCAAGAAGAUGAUGCUGAAAAAUUAAAGAAAGUUUAGGGCCUGAAAUCGUACAUAAAUACGGCAUAUAUUUAUUGUGUUGUAAUUUUACACAUAACCAUGAGAGGCGCUGUGGACCUUUUAAAAUCUUUGGAUUGCCUGCUUUGUUUCCCAAAUAAAAGUCCUUUCAGUUGCAUAUAAAAUGAUUUCCGGUUUAAUAUUAUACACCAGCAAUACGUAUUCAAAUACAAUUACUUUCAAAGUUUAUAUUCAAAAUGUGAAGAAUGCUGUGUCUGAAACCGCUCCCUCGUUCACUCAUUCACCACGUCACCUUCGGCGAAAGUGACUGCGGUUACGCCCACUGAGUGGCAAAAGACAGACCGGCAGAUUUUGUGUACAGUGUGAAAUCAGCGAAAACACGGGGAAAAGUUGUAAGUUGCUUGGUGGACACUAAUAAGUAUUUUAUUUUUUACUUAUUUUUUCAAGUAUUUGUAUUUUUUCAGUGUUUUUCCUUGGAAAACCUACAUUCCGAAGCAUAUUUUCAUAAUUUUCACUUACAUUUUUACAUUUCAUAAAUAUAAGUUUUUGUUUUACAUUUAAUAUUUAAGUACUUUACUCAAGUAAAAGUACAUAAUUUUAAUGUCAUUAGGUAUUAAAUACAUUUUAAUAUGUAAUAUAAACAACACACAGUAUGAUUCUAUGCUUUAGAAUGUAGUGAAGUAAAAAAAAUUCCCAAGAAAAACACCCUAAUAAAGCACAGAUGCUUGGAAAAUGUAACUAAGUAUUGUCCACCUCUGAUAUCAAGUCCAACAAAAUUAAAUUUAAGCUGAUAAUAGUCAGUUUUACUGGCGUUUUCGCAGCAGCCGCUAUGAAAACCAGCCAUUUUGUUGAAUGUUUGCCACUCAACAUGGCAUGCUCCGGCGUAGUCACGUGGAAAAGUAACGUCAAUGCAUCCUCUGUAUCACGGUAAAAAAAACCUGUGAAACGAUAAAGUCUGUUUUCACAUAUGUGUCAUGUUUAUUGUAUUAGUUGAUAAUAAAGAGAACAAAACAACUGAU